UGGUUGCUGUUUCCACCACCUGCAAGCUCUUUCCUUGUUUAUUUGGGGAGGAUUAUCCAGGGAAUUCGCGGGUGUCCAUCCGCCUGCCCAGCACCUGGGUGUUUACUGGCACAGGCACUUGGUCAACACGUGCUGAGGAUGGAGAGCCGGACAGGAUAUCCCAGGGCUAGCCACACAGCUCCCCUGCUGUGUGGUCACUGUUAAGACACAACCUCUGAACCCUCCUGGGUGGCCAAUGCUCCCCUCUGCAAGACCCAAGGCCAAGUCUCCAACUUUCCGGUGCCAUUAAACUAACCCGCAGGGCUUUGUCAAGCCACAGGUUGGCAGCUCCACACGCAGUUUCUCGUCGAGUGGGUCUGAGAUGCACACUGGUGCGUUUGUACUAACGUCUGUUGCUACUGAUGUACAGGAACGCGGUGGUCCCGUUCGAUUAAGUCAGGCAGCUAUUACGGAGGAUGCGCACCGGAUUAUAAAGACAGGGCAGUGGAUAUGCCAGUCCAGUCAAGGCCAGUGGGGAUAUGGGGUCGGCCCCGGGCCCAGCGGUCCUUGACACGCGGGCCGCUCCGACCCCUGUCCCCAACAGGAAGUCUCCGGAGCGGCGGGAGAGGGCCGCGAGCCGGCGUCCAGAAGGCAGGGGCUGCCCACGGGUCCGGGCGGCGGACACUGGUGGAGCCUCCCGGAACCCGCCGUCCUCCCGCCCCGGACGCGGGUGGUGAAGGCGCGGUCCGCCCCGGCAUGCGCCCCUCCUCCGUCACACAGUAGGCGCACGGUCCCACCUCGCGUGCGCUCCCGGCACACAGUAGGCGCCCGGGGCUGCGCGGACCGCGCGGCGGGCGGAAGGGGGCGCGGGCGCCCCGUAUCCGGAGGCGGAGCCGGCGCGGCCCCGCCAAGGCCGACGGGCGCGGACGGCCGCGAGCCCCGGGCGGCAAUGGGCGAGGGCGGGCUGCCCCCGGCCUUCCAGCUGCUGCUGCGCGCCUGCGAUCAGGGCGACACGGAGACGGCGCGGCGGCUGCUGGAGCCGGGGGCGGCGGAGCCGGCUGAGCGCGGCGCGGAGCCCGAGGCGGGCGCAGAGCCGGCGGGGGCCGAGGCGGCUGGGCCCGGGGCGCCGGCGGUGGCGGCGGGAGCGCCGGUGCCCGUGGACUGCUCGGACGAGGCGGGCAACACGGCGCUGCAGUUCGCCGCGGCCGGCGGCCACGAGCCGCUGGUGCGUUUCCUGCUGCGGCGCGGCGCCUCGGUCAACAGCCGCAACCACUAUGGCUGGAGUGCGCUCAUGCAGGCGGCCAGAUUUGGGCAUGUGAACGUGGCACACCUCCUCUUGGAUCAUGGGGCCGACGCCAACGCUCAGAACCGUCUGGGGGCCAGCGUGCUCACUGUGGCCUCUCGGGGUGGCCACCUAGGAGUGGUGAAGCUGCUCCUGGAAGCCGGCGCUUUCGUGGACCCUCCCAACUCCUCAGGCGAGCAGCCAGGCUCGGGGGACAGCAGGAAUGAGUUGCUAGACAUCACGGCCCUGAUGGCCGCCAUCCAGCAUGGGCACGAGGCUGUGGUGCGCCUGCUGAUGGAAUGGGGCGCCGACUCCAACCGCGUGGCCCCGACUGUGGGCUGGAGCCCGCUCAUGCUGGCUGCGCUUGCCGGGCGGCUGAGCAUCACCCAGCAGCUGGUGGAGAAGGGAGCCAACCCCGACCACCUCAGCGUGCUGGGGAAGACUGCCUUCGAGGUGGCGCUGGACCGCAAGCACAGGGACCUUGCCGACUACCUGGACCCACUGACCACCGUCAGGCCCAAAACAGAUGAAGAGAAACGGCGACCUGACAUCUUCCACGCACUGAAAAUGGGAAACUUCCAGUUGGUCAAGGAGAUCGCCGACGAGGACCCUAACCAUGUGAACCUGGUCAACGGGGACGGGGCGACGCCACUGAUGCUGGCAGCCGUCACGGGGCAGCUGCCGCUGGUGCAGCUGCUGGUGGAGAGGCAUGCCGACGUGGACAAACAGGACAGCGUGCACGGCUGGACGGCCCUCAUGCAGGCCACCUACCACGGGAAUAAGGAAGUCGUCAGGUACCUGCUGAACCAAGGGGCGGAUGUCACCCUGCGCACCAAGAAUGGAUACACAGCCUUUGACCUGGCAAUGUUGCUCAGCGAGCCCGACACGGAGCUUGUCCGGCUGCUGGCAUGCGUCUGUAUGCAGGUGAACAGAGACAAAGGCCGGCCCAGCCCCCAACCAUCCCUGCCCCACCUGAAGGUCACGGUGCCCUGGAGCAUCCCCACGCUGCCCGAUGAGAAGGGUGGCCUGAAGUCCUGGUGGAGCCGGAUGUCCAAUCGGUUCCGAAAGCUCAAGCUGAUGCAGACACUGCCCCGCGGGCUGUCAGGCCAGCAGCCCUUGCCUUUCGCCGAUGAGCCCGAGCCAGCACUGGACUCCACCAUGAGAGCGGCCCCCAAGGACAAGACGAGCCGCUCGGGGCUCUCCGAUGCAGCCCCCGCAACCAAAGAUGGUGGUCCUGGGAGCAUGCGAGGAGAAAAGGAAGAUGCAUUGCUGACCACCAUGCUUCGGAACGGAGCCCCCUUCACCAGACUCCCAAGCGACAAGCUGAAGGCAGUCAUCCCCCCCUUCUUGCCCCCCUCCAGUUUUGAGCUAUGGAGCUCCAGGACCGGCCACGAUGGGAAAGUCAACCCUGCCAAGACUGUACUGCCCCAGAGACCCAGCAGGGGGCACCCCGUGGGCACUGAGACCACAGCCAUCAGGCCGGUGAAAUUUCCCAGUCUCUCCAGAAGCCACGCCUCUCCUGCCAACUCAGGAAACUUCGGUCACUCCCCUCAUUCGUCGGGUGGCUCCAGCGGGGUCGGGGGUGUGAGCAGGCACGCAGGAGAACCGUAUAACCGGUCAGGUGGCAGCAUAGACAGUGUCUUGUCACAAAUUGCUGCCCAGCGGAAGAAAGCAGCCGGGUUAUCCGAGCAGAAGCCCAGCCAGCGGUCAAGCCCUGGGGGGCCCACGCCUGGGACCAGCCCAUCUGAGCUUCCAACUUCCCCUGCAGGUGGCGGUGGUAGCGCACCCAGCACCAAGCAGAAGUUGGAGACCAGCAAAAGGCCCCCGUCUGGAACCUCCACUACCUCCAAAAGCACCUCCCCGACCCUCACGCCCUCCCCCUCCCCCAAAGGGCAUGCAGCAGAGUCCUCUGUGUCCUCCUCCUCAUCCCAUCAGCAGUCCAAGAGCAGCGGUGGCUCCAGCAGCGGGACCAUCACCGAUGAGGAUGAACUGACUGGAAUCCUUAAGAAACUGUCGCUUGAGAAAUACCAGCCCAUUUUCGAGGAACAAGAGGUGGACAUGGAAGCCUUCCUGACACUCACAGACGGUGACCUGAUGGAGCUGGGCAUCAAGACUGACGGCUCCAGGCAGCAGAUCUUGGCUGCCAUCUCAGAGCUGAAUGCUGGCAAGGGACGUGAGAGACAGAUCUUGCAGGAAACCAUCCACAACUUCCACUCUUCCUUUGAGAGCAGCGCCAGCAACACCAGGGCCCCUGGCAAUGGCCCCUGUGCGUGAUCCUGCUCUGUCCACAGUCUCCAGCAGCAGCUCUCUGAACUCUGCACUGCCUGCACAUGGCCAGGCCGCAGCUCCACUCCCCAGCGUCUGCUGUGCUCCGCCACACCACUGUGCCCUAGUCCUGCAUUCCCUCUGCCUGGGACACCCUCCCAGCUGUCCCUGCUACAGUCCAUAGUUAAGAUUGUUGCUGCAACAAACUCCAACACACAGACAGAUCUCCCCCAGAGGGCUGCUCCUGGGAGGCAGCUGGUUUUCAUGGUGAUUCAGAACCCAGCUGUUGUUGUGUUCUCUGCCAUCCCUGGGCGCCUCAGAGGGCCUUGCCUCUGCCUGGCUGGAAGGGAGAGGGGAGAAGGCACCAACUACUUCUUAGCUACCUUGUCCUUAUCCAGCACGUAUCAAUGCUAGUCCUGUUCCAUGGACCACCAGUAGUUAUGCAUCCUCCCAUGGAUGCAAAGGAGGCUGGGAAAUGUAGUCUCUGCAGGCAGUGACUUCCCAGCAACUCUAAACUCUGAUAAGAGUAUGCAUUUUGGUGGAAAGUUAUCCCUCUCUGCUACGUCUUACUUCGAGCCACUAACACAUUCCUCACCAUCCAGGUCACUUCCCAGGGGGAAGUCUUUCUCAACUUUCUCCUGCAGAACAACUCUCUUCAACUUUUGCAUAUGUAUGUGCUCUGGCCAUUCAUCACAUCUGCCACACACAGCAGGUAUGUGUGUGUUGAAUGUGUUUUCCUGUAUUGCAGAACCAGCCUAUUGUAUAGGAAAGAAAGAGGGAGUACACUGUGUGAACCCCUUCUGUCUGGCUUUCAGCUUCUUCACCUGCAGAGUAUAGGGUCUGACAGGCUGGUAGCUCAGCACUGUGUGCUGUCCACCCAGUGUUACCAGGGGCUUCCUGCAUGGCAGAGAAGAACAGAACACAUGGAUAGAGCAUGUUGGGGCUCUGGUGCUCCGGCUGCUUCCUCCUACAAGUGCCUCUGUUGCUCUCUGGCUUCCCCCAGCACUUCUCCAAGUGUGCUGCUUGGAACUCAAGUUCCACAGGAUGUUAGGGUUUUCUGUAGAGAAUGUUGAGGAGCAGGCUGUGACCAAGUGCCUUUGGCAAACUGGGUUUAAACUGAACUGCACAAUCUUCCCACACGUGGAGCAUCUGUCACACUCACUGGGACUCAGAGCAACUCCCCUCCUCCCAUGGUGUUACAGGUCUGGGAGUUCUGUGCAUCACUAAGACAGUGGCAGCCAUGACCCCUACAACCCUGGGGCUGGACACAUGAAAACUUGCGGAUUCACCAGUGCCAUGCCCUCAGAA